CUCAACCUUACCAACCUCCAUAUUCAAUUCCGCGGAUGGGCAAACCCUCUCAUUGCGCCCUUAAUUGACGACACUGAUGUGAGCGAUCGAGUUUCGUCCCCGACAAUGUCUCUAAACCCAGAGGAGCGGCGGCGUCGCAUUUCUAAGUCCCCGGGUCGUGCACCUUCCCCACCAGAUGACUACUCUCCACCUCGAUCAUCCCGCUACGCUGAGCCCAAAAGCUCGCGAUACUACGACGACGACGACGACGACGACGACCACCGCGAUCGCAAGCGCGGAGACCCCUAUGACUAUGACGAUAGGAGCUCGGCGCGCGCUCCGCGGGAGCCCCGCGACAGAGACGACGGCCCGCGGUACGCCGAGGCUCCAUACCGCCCUCCCGCGUCGCAUAAAAAGACAGCUAGCUUCGCGAUGCCCGGCGGGUUCAGCGACGAUGAGGAGGAUCCCAAAAUUAGUAAAUAUGGCAAGAAGGAGAAGGAUUACUACGGCGACAAGGGCUCGUCCCUGAGCAGGCGAGAUGACAGCCCGCCGCCCCGCGAUAAGCCGCGCUAUGCGGACCCUGAACCUGAGAGUCGAUACAAGAGGGAUGUGAGCCCGGCGUACAAGCCGCGGUAUGCGGAACCUGAGCCAGAGCGCAAACCGCGGUAUGCAGAACCUGAACCAGAGCGCAAACCAAAGUCGCGGUACAAGGAUGAGAGCCCUCCAUCAAAAUCCAAAUACGACGAGCCAGAAGCGUACAAGCCGCGCAAAUACUACGACGACGACGAAAGUCCACCGCGACGGCCCAAGUACGCAGCUCCCGAUUCUCCUCCACAACCGAAAUAUGCUGCGCCAGUUGCGCCAGCUGCGCCAGCUGCACCCCAACAGCCAAAGUACUCCGCUCCAGAGCGAGACGCCAAGCCGAAAUACGUAACUGCAGACCCCAGUCAGAGAGGAGGGAAUCCGAAAUACUGGGACGACAAAGACAAAGACUCGGACUCGGAUAGCGAUGAUAGCGACGAGCAGGAUGGCCCAAUUGGCGAUCGAAGGAUAGAUAUUGACUUUGAGAUCAAGCACGACCAUUACGAUACAACAGUGAGGAAGCGCGAGAAGCACAAGCACCACCACGAGUCGCCAAAGUAUAACGAAGUUGCGCUUGUUACCACCACAACGGAUUCAUCGAGGUAUGCCGAGCCGAAGAGGUGGGAGUAUGCUCACCCUGAGGAGAAGAUUACCUACACAAGCAAGACCGAAUCAUACACGGCAAACCCCGAACCUAAUGCUUACGGCAGGCCAGCUUAUGACAGGCCAUAUGCACCGCCGUCAUCAAGCCGCCAGCCUGACCCGAGGGCCCCCGUAAAUGGUCCUGGUCAGACUCAGGUCGUUACAGUAGAGCCUGGUCGAAGAAACCGAGCUUCAUCCAACUUCGGGCCAGGUGGACUUGGAGCCGGCAUGCUUGGUGUCGCAGCCGCUGCUGGCGUCGGUGCCUCUCUAGCAAACGCCCCUGGUUCGCCCAUGUUGGAAGCAUACAAGGGAACUUACCAGUCCAUGGGGCCUCUCACGAUUACGUCCAAGCCGUAUGCUGACAAUGCAGACGUGGAUAUCUUAGAGAUUGCACCACCUGCCUCACCUACCUCCAAGCGCAGACACGCGCGGUUCCAUGAUCUCGAGAAUGAAGCCUCGAUCUUGAAAAAGGCGCUUCGUGAGACGAAGUCAAAGGCCUACCCUGAUCCGCGGCCCUUUAUUGAGAUUCUUCCCGCGCUCACUCAUGAGCAGAUUCUUGAUCUCCGCGCCGAGUACAAGAAGCAAGUCAAGACACCUGACAUGAAAGGUGUGAAUAUCGCAAAGCACAUCAAGGUGCGUCUAAAGGAGGAUAAGUUCUUCCUCAAGGCCUGCUACGCCACUGCGCUGGGUCGGUGGGAGUCCGAAGCGUACUGGGCAAACUCGUACUACCAGGGCUCGCAAACCAGUAGAGAGCUGCUGAUCGAGAGUUUGAUGGGAAGGACCAACGCCGAGAUCCGUCAAAUCAAAGAGGCUUUCCGUGAUAAGAAGUACUCCGACAGCCUGACCCGUUGCAUGAAGCAGGAGCUCAAGGAAGAUAAAUUCAAAAAGGCAGUCAUGAUGGUGCUGGAGGAGAAGAGAAUGGAUGAGCGCCCGGGCCGGUCGCUCGACCGCUCCUUAGUAGAGCAGGAUGUCAGAGACUUGAAUCGUGCCAUUAAGUCGGAGCGAGGUGGUGAGAGCGUGAUGAUUGGGAUUGUCGUACAGAGGUCUGACAGUCAUAUCCGUGAGAUAUUACGCGUUUAUGAGGCUUCAUUUCGCUCGAAUUUCGCGAGAGAGAUGCUGAAGAAGAGUGGGAACUUGGUGGGCGAAAUGCUGGCACAUAUACUGAACGGCAUCAUUAACCGCCCUGUCCGCGACACGUUGUUACUGCACCAUGCGCUCACUCUCACCAAGUCUGACAGCUUGCGUGUCGACCUCCUUAUUUCGCGCCUAGUUCGAUACCACUGGGACCGACCUCAUAUGGAAGCCAUCAAGAGAGAAUACCGGAACCGAUACGGCAAGGAGCUUCAAGAGGCAGUACGAGAGGGGACGAAGGGUGCGUGGGGCGAAUUCUGCGAGGAGCUAUGCGUGAAGAGAGUGGGAGAUGAAGUGAAGCGGUUUGAUAAGGUCGAGAGAAUCGAGAGGGUUGAGAGAAUCGAGGUGCAUGGUGGCCCCAACGGGGGGUAUAGGUAGAGAUGAUAUACUUCGGAGGGAUUUUUGAUAGGGAAAACAUAUGGGGAAAUAUCGUUCAUAGUAGGCAGAGAUAUACUCAAUUCAAAUGGCGUUAGCCAGGUCCACAUCCACUGCUCUUGGAACCUUUAGCGUUUCAACCCCGG